CGUCGCUCCCCGCCCUCCCGCCACCGCCUGCCCUCGCUGGCUUGCGCUCCCCGCCCGCCGCCCGUGGUGAUCCGUCGGUUCUCUCGUUAGUCCGCCGCGGUCUCCUCCGAUACCCGCCAGUGCCUCCAAACUCGCGACUUGCGGAGCGGCGUCCUCGACGCGAAGAGGCCGGACUUGGAGUCGCCGCCUGAGUGCCUUUCAUCUGAGAAGUCUAAGGUGCUUUGUAGAGCUUCUGCCACACAGGCUGUGAAUUUUGCAGCACAUUUGUAAGUGAUGGCUGCCAUCCGGAAGAAGCUGGUUAUUGUUGGUGAUGGAGCCUGUGGCAAAACCUGCUUGCUCAUAGUCUUCAGCAAGGACCAGUUCCCAGAGGUGUAUGUGCCCACAGUGUUUGAGAACUAUGUGGCAGAUAUUGAAGUGGAUGGAAAGCAGGUAGAGCUGGCUUUGUGGGACACUGCUGGGCAAGAAGAUUAUGAUCGCCUGAGGCCCCUCUCCUACCCGGAUACUGAUGUUAUACUGAUGUGUUUCUCCAUUGACAGCCCUGAUAGUUUAGAAAACAUCCCAGAAAAAUGGACCCCAGAAGUCAAGCAUUUCUGUCCCAAUGUGCCCAUCAUCCUGGUUGGGAACAAGAAAGAUCUUCGGAACGAUGAGCACACAAGGCGGGAGUUAGCCAAGAUGAAGCAGGAACCUGUAAAACCUGAAGAGGGCAGAGAUAUGGCAAACAGGAUUGGUGCUUUUGGGUACAUGGAGUGUUCAGCAAAGACCAAAGAUGGAGUGAGGGAGGUUUUUGAAAUGGCCACAAGAGCGGCUCUGCAAGCCAGACGUGGGAAGAAAAAAUCUGGGUGCCUUGUCUUGUGAAACCUCGCUGCAAGCACAACCCUCAUGCGGUUAAUUUUUGAAGUGCUGUUUAUUAAUCUUAGUGUAUGAUUACUGGCCUUUUUCAUUUAUCUAUAAUUUACCUAAGAUUACAAAUCAGAAGUCAUCUUGCUACCAGUAUUUUAGAAGCCAACCAUGAUUAUUAAUGACAUCCAACCUGUCUGGACCGCUGGGGUCCCUCUGACACCGCUCUAACAGCCCUCCUCUGCACUCCUACCUGACACACCAGGCGCUAAUUCAAGGAAUUUCUUAACUUCCUGCUUUUUUCUAGAAAGAGAAAAAGUUGAUAACUUUUGUGAAUUAGGCUGUAACUACUUUAUAACUAACAUGUCCUGCCUAUCAUCUGUCAGCUGCUAGGUACUCUGGUGAGUUACCACUUCAGAGCUUUCCUCCUAAGCAUAUUUCAUCGGCAUAGCUCUGGGGUGGACAUCCAAUUUUUUUUAAGUGUGCUCAGCCAGAAAGGCCUAAGUCCACGCAGCUGUGGCAAAUACAGUUCUGUGGUUUCAUGUUAGUUACCUUAUAGUUACUGUGUAAUUAGUGCCACUUAAUGUAUGUUACCAAAAAUAAAUAUAUCUACUCCAGACUAGAUGUAGUAUUUUUUGUAUAAUUGGAUUUCCUAAUACUGAUAUUUGUCAACUCUGCAGAAAGUAUAUUGGUUUUUUUAAAAACAGAAAGUGUAUUUGAAAAUAAAGUCAGAUGGAAAAUUCAAUUUAAAAAUUCCCGUUUUCUCAGUUUCUCUGAUAAAAGAUGGCCAUGUGACCCCCUUUUCAGCCCCACAUACCCCAGUAUCCUCUCCCCAGAGCUGGGCUAAGUAAAUAGGAAUUUAGUUUCAUGCUUGAGGCAAUUAAGACACUUUGGAAGGUGGCUUGACCUGUCUCAUCUGGACUGCAGGGUCUGGCUCUAAAUCACAGUGCUCCUGUCUCCUCAGGUUUCCUCCCUGAGGAGCUACCACUUCUCGCCUCUCUAGCUAAACUUUUUUUCUGUAUCAGUUAAUUUUUCCAACUACUAAUAGAAUAAAGGCAGUUUUCUAAA